AUGGCGUCCUCGGGCAUGAUCAGCUGCAUAUGUUGGGUUCCCAAGGGCGCAGCGAAGCCCGUACCGGAGGCUGCGCCUGUGAGUGAAGAAGAGCUGGCGGCCAUGAGGGCGGAAGCACAGGCCGUGGCCGCUGGCGUGCUCGGCGAGAGUGGUGAAGAGGAGGAUGACGAACCUAGCGAUGAUUGGGAGACCGAAGACGAAGAGAUGGACGAGCAGGAGGCGGUCGCCAAGGCGAAGGCGGUGGCGGCGGCACUGGCGGCAAGCAGCAGCAAGGGCGGCAGCGGCGGCAAGACGGCCGCCACCGGCGACCUGGAAGCCGCCCUGAAGCAGCUCGACAUGGACAACUACGACUCGUCCGACGACGGCGCCAGCGGCGACGGCGACGACGAGGACGACGAUGAAGACGGCGGCGGCUGCGCGGCCGCGGUGGUGGCGCGCGCGCUUGGCGGCCGCGUGGCUGAGGGCGUGGUGUUGGAUGACCCUUACCUGCCUCGCGGCGGCGGCAAGGACGAUGACGAGGACGACGACAGCCUCAGCGGCAGCGAGCGCGAGGAUUACGUCAUCCGGCCGGACGAUCUGCUGAUCUUGGCGGCCAGCAACGAGGAUGACGUCAGCACGCUGGGGGUGUGGGUGUACGAGGAGGCCGGGCCCUCGACAGGCGGCGAGGCGAAUAUCUAUCCUCAUCACGAUAUCCUAUUGCCAGCCUUCCCACUGUGCAUGGCGUGGAUGGAUCUUGACCCCUCUGGCGCCCGCGAGAAAGCCAAUAUGGUCGCGAUCGGCAGCAUGGAGCCCGGGAUCGAGAUCUGGGAUCUGGAUCUGAUAGAUCAGGUCGAGCCCGCCGCCACCCUCGGCGGCGUCGACGCGGCGGCGGCGGAAGGCGAGGGGCCGGGCGGCGAGGGGCUCAGCCGGGAGGAGAAGCGGAAGGCGCGGAAAAAGGCGGCGAAGCAGAAGCUCAAGCGGCGCGCGGCGCCGCCGGCGCUGCGGGCGGGGAGCCACGAGGGCGCGGUGCUGGGGCUGGCGUGGAACGGCGCGUACAGGAACGUGCUCGCCAGCGGCGGCGCGGACGGGGCUGUCAAGGUGUGGGACGUCGCCGCGCAGCGCUGCGAGCACACGCUGCUGCACCACUCUGGCAAGGUGCAGGCGGUGGCCUGGAACCCGGCCGAGGCGCCGGUGCUGCUGACCGGGUCGUUUGACCGGACGGCCUGCAUAGUGGACGUGCGGGCGCCGGGCGGCGGCAGCGGCGGCGGCGGCGGCGGCAAGGGCAAGGGCGGCGGCGGGGGGGCGGUCCCUACUUGGAAGGUGUCUGCUGAUGUGGAGGCGCUGGCGUGGGCGCCGCACGCGCCGACGGUGUUCCUGGUCUCGUCGGAGGACGGGGUGGUGGCGGCCUACGACGCGCGCGGCGGCGCGGGCUCCAAGCCGCUGUUCCGCCUGGCGGCCCACGACAAGCCCGCCUGCGCCCUCAGCUUCUGCCCGGCCGCCCCCGGCCUCCUCGCGACCGCGAGCACGGACAAGAAGGCGAAGCUCUGGGACGUCACCGGUGACGCCCCGAAGCUUCUCGCCAGCAAGGACGCCGGCCUGGGCGCAAUCUUCACGGCGGGCUUCUGCGGCGCAGACGCGCCGCACCUGCUGGCGCUCGCGGGCGCCAAGGGGACGGUGGGCGUGUGGGACGUGCGGAGCGCGGGGGCGGUCGCGGCGAGGUGGCCGGAGCUCAUGCGGGACGCCCCGCCGGAGGGCGCGGGGGCGGCGGGCGCGCCGUGA